CUACUCUCGCCGGAAGCCCAGUUCCGCUUCUUGGCUGCGCUUUAAUAUAUCUAGCCUAAUGACAUGACAUACUCAUGUAAUAGUUGACAGAAUCCGUCGCUUGUCUACCCUAUCUAGUACUAUUAAUACAUACAAUACCUACCUACCUACCUACCUACUUGUUUCGACACGAUACAUAAGUCGACAGCAAGGCGCCGACGCCAUGGCAGCCGCUGACGACCUAUUCGGGCUCGUGAUCGCGGCCCUGGUAAUCGACAGCGCAGCCCUCGGGCUUCGCUCCUGGGUCCGGCUCAGAGUCCAGCGCUUCUUCGGAUACGACGAUGCGGUCCUCUGCUUCUUGUUUCUCGGGUAUAUUUUCUUUUCCGCAUUUACCUUCGCCGCCUUGCAUUACGGAUACGGCGUUGCUGCAGCUGAGCCAUGGCAUGAUUCGCAGAAGGCUUUUCAGUCUUUCUUCGCCGGCCAGCUCUGCUACGUGCUCGCGACGGCGCUAUUCAAGACCGGCGUCGCCCUGGUCCUGUUUCGAAUCGAUAUCCGGAGGUCCAUCCGGCGUAUCCUAGUCGUCUCGAUGACCGUCGUCCUGGUCGUCGUGCUCAUGUCCUUCUUCUUGCUGGCCUUCCAGUGCCGCCCGAUGUCGCUGAACUGGGGCGUCGGCAACGGGUCCUGCUUCCAGUGGGAGACCGUCAGGAGGACGGGCAUCGCGCUCUCCGUGGUCGACGUCGCGUCCAAUUGGCUUUAUUCGUUCCUGCCGAUCGCAAUGCUGUAUAAUGUCCAGAUGAGCAAUCGUCUCAAAAUCUCGGUUAUAAUUAUACUUGGAAUAGGUUUUUUAAGCAGCAUUGCUACGGUCGUCCGAUGCAAGUACAUACUAAACGCCAGCGACCGCCAAGAAUUGCUGGGAAGGUUCCGCGAGGUCGAGAACAACCUCUUGGUGAUACUGUGGUCUCACGUCGAGAUUUUUCUGGCGAUCCUGGCGAGCUCGUUUGUCGCGCUGCGCCCGCUUUUACGGCAUGCGAACGAAGCUAUAUUAGACCAGCGGCGCCAGAGAGGAUCCGGCGAGCAGCAGGAGUCAUUGGGCAUGGAAAGGCUAUCGCGACUUGAGGGAGAUACCAGCUUGGAAGGAAGCCAAGUGGCUAUUAUCAAACAUCACUCAGGGGCCACAUUGUCGAAUGGCCCAAUGAUAGUGGCUAGGUAGUACCAGUAACUGCAUCACCAGUAGAGUUUGGAAUUGAUUCUUCCCAGCUUGGGCUUGGGGACUUGUUCACCCCAUGUUGUCGCCCCUCUGAUCUUCCAGUUAGGUUUGUAUACUGGUAGAUCAACAUAACAACUGGAGCCCCUAACGAGUUAACUACCUACCACACCACCUAAACCCCGAGGCUAAAUCGGAUAUCGUGGUCGGCGACCUCCAUAUUUAUUGCUGCUGGUCUUACGCGAUACA